AUGGAGACGGAGCAAAAGUUAGAUACACUCCAAUCUCAGUUUCCAGAAGUUAGUAAGGAUGUGCUGCUGGAGCUUCUAGUCGCUUUUGAUGGCUCUGUCAAGCAGACGAAGCUGAUGCUCGAGGAGCAAUUCGGGCCCCGGGAGAUCAAGACAGAGAUCAAGACAGAGAUCAAAACAGAGAUCAAGGGGAAGUUUUCUGGUAUAAAGCGCAAGGCGGAUAGCGGUACUACUGCCAACGAAUAUUGCUCCUUGACAAAGAAGAGAACGUUUCCUCAAAGACAGACAUCAUUCAAGGUGUCGAAAGCUAGCGCUAACAUUUCCACCACCCUAUACAAUAAAGAGCAGAUUGAAUCCAUGGUUCCGUAUCUGAGAUUUUAUCCCAACUUCCUACCCAAUAGUCUUGCAGACAGUCUUCUAGAUGAACUUUUGUCGAAAAGAGCCACGUUUAAAGAUAAGAUGUUCCACAUUGCCGGUAACGAAUGCCACUCAAACCACCAAUCGACGGUGUUCUACGACGGCGACAUACCGAAACAGCGGUACGACAAUGGAUUCUACCAUAACUCAAAAUACAUGGCUCAGUCGUUCACAGGAAAUAUACGAACAGCCAAAUUCCUGAUCGAAGACCAGGCGAACGAAGUGCUUGCAACCACCAAGAGACACCCACUCCAGGUACAGUCCGAGUGGCGCGCAUCAUUGUGCGUGGGAAACUACUUCCAUACAAACAAAAACAAUCUCGACUGGCACUCAGACCGUCUCACUACCAUUGGACCAUUGCCGUUGAUCUGUUCGCUAACUUUAGGAGCGACCCGAAUAUUUAGAAUCAGAAAGCAGUACGGUGAGAGUCCGAUCUACAACAUCCCGCUUCCACAUAACUCCCUAUUGCUAAUGCUUCCAGGCACACAGGAAGAGUUCAAACACUGUGUACCGUCGUUGGGGAACUCCCUUGUGGCUAGGCAUCCUAAAGCUAACGAGACCAGAAUCAACCUCACUCUCCGUAUGAGUCGACCUCACCUGCUCAACAACACGCCAUUCUGCCCGGUUUGCAAGUCCGCCAUGACUUUGCGCCGCAUGUUCAAGAAACCCGCGUCCAGGGGAUACUAUUUCUGGCUUUGCGACGGAGGCUACCAUUCAGGCAAAGAAUGUCCGGGUUUCUAUUUCGCCAACCUGUCUGACAUCGAGAAGCCGCACGCAAAGCUAUAUACCCGCGAUGUAAAACAUGCAACUCGCUGGCUGGCAGAGGACGACCAUGAGGCUAAAACUGCUACAGAGUUUCACAUGGAAGAUGUUAAAGAUUAG